GAAAAAUUAUUUAAUCAUGAGUGACCCUAUUGUUCUUAAACUACACUUCAAUUCCGACAUUGUUCGAGUAAGAUUGGAGAGCUCUUCCGAGUGCGGUACCUGUGCUCAAGUCCGCUCCUACAUCACCAACACGUGGCCGUUGUUAGCCCAACAAGAGUUCUCUAUCUACUAUGUUGAUGAUGAAGGUGACAAGUGUCUCCUCAAUGACCGAUCUCUGCCAGAUGCUCGAGAGGUUGCUAAGGAAAUGGCUGUGGCCAACAAGAAGAGCACACCUACUAUGGAGUUGUUCAUUGACGAGCAAAACAAGGAGGAGACUCCCGAGCCUAGGCAGAGUGCUGCACCAAACUCCUUCCCGACCUUCGCCAGCUGUGAUGUCUGUGGAGAGUAUCCUAUCGUUGGUAUGAGACAUAAAUGCAACACUUGUGCGGAUUACGACAUGUGUGACGCUUGCUUCAACGCCCGCACUCCUGAGACCCAUGAUCCAUCUCACGACUUUGCUCAGUUCCCAGGUGCCCCUCCGAUUCCUCCUAUGUUCCCCUGGUUCAUGAAGGGCGGCAAAGGGAAGGGCGGCAAAGGGAAGGGCGAGGGCAAAGGGAAAGGUUUCUAUUCUUGCCAUGGUGGGAAAGGAAAAGGACACUUCGUCGGUCCCCCUGAGUACGGCUUUCAUGGUUGUUUCGGUGGAAAAGGAAAGGCUGCUGAUCCCGACUGGUUGAAAGACAUAUGUUCUCAAGGGAAAGCGGCAGUCGAGGAGUUCAUCAAGACCUCUGGUAUUCACCCCGGAAUUGCCUGUGACGUCUGUAACACCAGCCCGAUAGUUGGAAUAAGGUAUAAAUGCUUAACCUGCCCUAACUAUGAUCUAUGCGGUGAAUGCUUCAAUAAUAAGGAGGUUGUCCAUGAACACUCAAAAGAGGACUUCUGGGCGAUGACACCAGAAGACACCAUUGAUCUGUGGCAGGCCGAUGAGAAGCCUGCCGAGCCAAAGGCAAGUGACAAGAAGGAGGAAAACCCUCCUGCUCAACACGACGAUAAAAGUUCAACCUCUGAUGCUGGUAGUUGGACUGAGGUUAAUCAUCAUGAAGAAGUAGAAGGAGCUCCUUCAUGCGCUCAACUUGAUGCUCAGCAAAAUAAGAAGGACGAGACUAUUGCUGCUGCUGCUGCAGAUCAGGGUCGUGACGAUGAGGAGCCAUCAGCCACUCAAAGGGAGGCUUCUGACGGCGACAGUCGUCCACAAGAGCAACAACAAGAGCCAGCAGAGGUUCUUAUAAACCUAAUGAGUAAUCUCGGCUUGGUUCAGAAUAGAGAUGCCGCUGGCCGUUUCGUGAGGGAUGUGAUGAGCGCCAGUCAGGACAUUACAACGAUGGUCAACCAUUUCCGAACUCACGCUGAGGCAGUCCAGGAGCAAAUGAGGCAAGCUCAAGAGCAGAUGAGUCGCAGUCAGCAACAACAACAGCAAGGAGGAGAAGGUGAUGAGCAGCAUAAGUCAACUGAGGAAGAAGGCGCUCAGUCGAAGAAGGAGUAGAUGAAGGAAUAAGAAACCGUUGUGAUUUUUUUCUAGCUGAUAAUAAAUACCCGUUAAGAAACCCAAAAUGAUAUUCUGUGGAGAUGAUCAUAUGAGAUACUUUCUCACAUUAAAACGACUGGCAAGUUCUGUUAGAAGUUGUUUACGCUAGUCUAGUUAGUCUAUUUCGUA